UGUGUGUGUGUGUGUGAGUUGGAAAAGACGCCGAAGUCAUUGGCCAACAAACCAGUCGGAAGGAGGGGUACGAGGAGAAGCAGGAGGAAGAGGAGAAGAGGAACAAGAAGGAGGGUGAAGAAGACGGCUCGAUAAGGGAACAACCUCGGUCGGUCUCCGACUGAUGAGAGACUGUCGAGCUGUGAGAAGGCGGCAAGAAAAGGCAGGUUGAGGGUUGGAGAGUGCGAAAGAUGGUAGAAACCAUACAACAGUAGUCACUGUGGUUCCCCUUCACAAUCCCACUCUUCCUCGCUCGUUUGCGUUGUGCCAGACGAAAUCCGUCAGUACGUUAGUCGUGGAUCGAGGUCCAAACCAAAGACAUGAGGAGUGGAACAACAAUAUUAGGAACCCUGGCCAAGGAGCAAGUUGGAAAAAACCCACCAUCAAAGUGUCACGCAACAACCAACCGAAGUAGAGGUGCCAAAAGCUGGAUUGGGAUUUGGUGAACACGAAAAAGCUCCAAAAUCGGUCGGAAAAGAGUGAAAGUUGGAACUCGGAGAAUGAUCACCUCAUGAAAGUUAUGGUGGUGGCACAUUCGUCUCCGGUUUUUAAGACACCUAGACCCGACCAAUUGUCAACAUGGUGGGCCUCAGCAUUGCCAAGUGGAGAAGACUCUACACUUCUAGAAUAAUGGGCUCCAAGUCGAAUAUUUCAUCGUGAUCUCCCGGAAAUCGGGUUGCUCUACGCGAAGCUCAAUCCCCCUUCCUGCCCCAACCCCAACGUACCAAUUUCAGCCUCAUGUUUUAGCUCGGCCAGUCCUCAUCGGAUCAGUCCCAUAAAUAAUAAAGGGGCUAAGGUAAAACCACAUCACAAGGACCCGGAUAAGAGAUCUCCCAAACGAAACGAGGAUCAAGGAAGUGAGAGGGGCACACCCGUCAAAUUGGAUUUCAUCCCAAGUGCUGCUGCUGCAUUUUUCUUGGGAACCCUUAUUCACUUCUCAAGAUGACCAACUUGGCAGCCAUCAAGACUCCAUUGGGAAUUCUCAAAAUUUUGAUCACGCUCGUGCUCGUGACUGUGGUGCUUCUGGCGGCUUUUGGCAAUGACGGACUUCGCCUCACCUUCGGUGUGGAGGAUUUCCUGGGGGUUGGGACGAGCUUGGGCUUGGCCCUCACGGUGCCACUCAUACUCUUGGCCUACAUCUUGGGAGGCAGUCUCUUUGUGAUGGAGGCUCUUUUGAGUAUUGUGGGGAGCGCUCUUCUGAUCUGCGUUGGCGUGAUAACUCUGGACUCGUAUGAUCACCCACAAUACGGAUCCCCCGCUGGCAAAGCCCUGGGUGGGCUCUCCAUCACCGCAGGGGGACUCUUCAUUAUCAACCUGCUUUUUGUCUUCAAAGCACUCAGGGAGCAUUGAUGAGGAAAAUUGAGCCGCACAUGAGCCAACCAGAUUCCAAUCCUCAUGUCUGUCUGUUCGUGUGUCUGUCCGUCUCUCUCUCUCUCUCCAUCGGUCUAUUGCUCCAACGCUCGCCUACUUGUUCCUUGGAUCCUCAAGAAAGAAUGUGCGAGCGAAAGGAAGAAACCGUACUUGAUCCGUCAAGAGGGGGAAUGAACCAUUUGGGACUCGUAUUUCGUCACAGAAUGCCAUUGGGGAACAAGAGCGAUUGGACCAAAGUGAACGAGCUCCCGCCGAGUUGGUCACAGACUGAGUGUGAAGUGUUCCAACAACGCUCCGAUCUGAAUUAUGAAAGUCGCUUAUAAUAAAAGGUGACAUUCUCGCCUGUCAGAGAGGAAUGAUUCAUUUCGCCCACCAUAUACUACUCUUAAAUAUUGGAUACCCAUUCAUACCUUCACUUCCCAUUUCUCUGCUUUCUUGAACUCUGUAUCACCUGCAGUCCGUCACAUUGGAGUUAUUCAAGCUACUCCGAUGUUUCCCUCAAUAUGCAACGACAGCAGCAGCUGCUUUUCAUGAACAUAUCAAUCAAUGCCGAGGGCAAGAGACCCCCGAAAAGUCUUCAGACGCCCGCUCAACGGGCUAUGCCUAUUAUGGUUUUUAUAAAUAGGUGAGAAAAACAGACGCAGAAGCAAAAACACCUAUCCAGGGCGACGAAUUCGCCCGAACUAAACAAGAAUGAUAUAUGUGAUAUUUAUCUCCCCAAAUUGUAUCAAUUUUAAGUUACAAUAAAUCAUCAUGACACCCUGA